AUGUCAUUCUUUCGCCAGUCCAGGUCCCAGCCUCGGUGGCAAGGGGUCGCAACUGCAGCCGUCCUCAUGGCGAGCUGCGUCACCAACGCCUACGUCAUUCCGCGCGAGAUCAAGCCAUCUCAGCUGCUGGAAAGUUAUGACUAUGUCGUUGUGGGAGGUGGAACGGCAGGACUGACUGUGGCAGACCGCCUGACCGAGGACCCGGAAACGACUGUCUUAGUCCUCGAGGCCGCUGGCUGGGGCAACAUGGCUGACAAUCUUUUGGUUCGCACCUCCGAGAGAAAUACAUCUAUAAUUGACAUGCUGUGGCCUGGUAUCCAGUCUGUGCCACAGCCCAACUUGAACGGAAGGAUUGGCAACGUCUUGAUUGGUCACCAAGUUGGAGGCGGCUCGUCCAUGAACGCCAUGGUGAACAUGCGAGGCUCUGCAGAGGACUACGAUCGCUGGGCUGCCCUGUUCGGAGACGAAGCUCAGCAAGGCACUGCUGACUGGAGCUGGGAUGGCGUCUUGCCGUUCUUCAAGAAGGGCCUCCACUUUACUGCGCCGCCUCCGGAGCUGACCGACAACUUCGAUGGCGUCAAGUUUGAUGCCUCCUACUGGGGAGAUUCUUCUGAGAUCUAUGCCGGUUGGCCUCGGUUCUAUUACCCAGGUGUGAGCCCACUCUUUGAGGCGUUCAAGGAGAUCGACGGCGUCGAGUUCCCGUCCGACAGUGGUGCUGGGAAGGCAGGUGUUUUCUGGUUCCCCACGCUCAUGGAUCCCCGGACUGUCACGCGCUCCUAUGCCGGCACUGGUCACUAUCUCAACGUCAACGCUACCCGCCCUAACUACCACCUUUUGAUCAACACCAAGGUCCGCAGGCUUCUAGUGGACGAUGAGCUCUCUGCUACAGGAGUCGAGUUCCCGUUGGGAGACAACACCCUGCUCACCGUCAAUGCAAAGAAGGAGGUUAUUCUUUCUGCCGGCACUGUCCACACUCCUCACCUCUUGCAGCUGAGCGGUAUCGGCCCCAAGAAGAUUCUUGAGGCUGGAGGUAUUGACGUGCGCAUCGACCUACCCGGUGUUGGCCAGAACUUCCACGACCACCCCAGUCUGUCUGGGGUGAACAUCACUCUCUCAAAACUCACGUCGAUCCACCCGAACCCGCGGGAUCUGGUGGAAGGAAACGACUUUAAAAACUGGGCCGACGAGGUGUGGGCAGCUAACAAGACCGGCCCAUACUCCAUCUCACUCACCAACCUGGCUGGCUGGCUCCCCUUCACCGUCGUGUCGGACAAGGCCGACGAGCUUGCCACGAAGCUGGAGCAACAAGACUUUGCCAGCCUGUUGCCGGCCGACGCCGACGCCACUGUGGUCGCCGGCUUCGAGGCGCAGAUGAAGAUGCUAGCCGCCCAGAUGCGCUCCAAGGACACGGUCUUCACCCGUUUCCAGCUCAUCGCCGACCAUGGCGCGCAGGGUCCUGUAGGGAUGCAAUCCUUCAGCCGCGGCACCAUCAACAUCAACACGACCGACCCGCUGAAUACGGAGCCCGUGAUCGACUACCGCUCCCUGACCAACCCCCUGGAGGCUGAUUUCUUCGUUGAGUCGAUCAGGUUCCUCAGGCGCUACAAUUUUGAGACCUCCCUGGCCUCUGAGUUUGCUCCGGUCGAGUACGUCCCCGGCCCUGACGUCGUCUCGGACGAGGACCUCAAGGCCUACAUCGCCAGCGCUAUGUCGCCGACCGACUACCACCCUGUCGGCACAGCAUCUAUGCUGCCGCUGAAGUUGGGAGGUGUCGUCGACCAAACCUUGCGUGUGUACGGAGUCAAGAACCUGAGGGUAGUUGACGCCAGUGUAAUGCCCAUGGUUCCCUCUGCCAACACGUGCCAGCCUACCUACGCCCUGGCUGAGAAGGCAGCGGAAAUCAUCAAGCAAGGCAUCUAA